AUGUGUGAAGUAACAUCAGCGAAUUUUUCGCAUUUGUUUCCAUUAAUUCUCCAACAAAUUGACAAAUCGUGUUUCCUAUCACUUGAUACCGAGUUCAGUGCCAUCGACAACAAUUCUAGUCGGAAAAAUCUUCUACAAUUCUAUAAACAAAGUGCAAAUUUCAUUCAACAAAUCACAGUCUUUCAAUUUGGUCUAGCAAUUUUUUCUCAAACGUCCAAUCAACAUCGAUAUCAUGUUGAUAUCUACAAUUUUUAUCUUAAUCCAACAUCUAUGAAUCCAAUUGAUGUUCAAUUUAUCAUUCAAUCGUCAUCAAUCAAGUUUUUGUCAGAGUACAAGUUCGAUUUUAACAAAUGUUUUUACUCGGGAAUAUCUUUUCUCAAUAAAACUCAAGAAAAACGUUUGUAUGCGGAAAAUGAACAAACGACGAGUUUAUCAAUAAACCAACGACGGUGUUUAAAUACUUUAUUUGAACAAAUCAAUCAAUGGUUAAUCAACGCUGGUCUUGGUGAUCGAAUGGAAUAUGAUUUGUCAAAGAACUGUCAAGACAUUUUAAAUGAUUAUUUAAUUCAACGAGAAAUUCGUCGAUGUUUUAAAACAAUUUGGACAACGAUUCAAUUGACUGAUUCGAACAAAAUACUUGUCAUUGAAUACGUGACGCGAGAUGUCUACGAACAAAGAUUAAAAGAUAAUCACGAUGAUGUUCAAUCAUUCAUUCAAUCAUUAACUUGUUUUACAAAAUUGAUACGAUAUAUCCAAGAUAAUUAUAGAAAACCAAUAAUAGGACAUAAUUGUUUUCUCGAUUGGCUGAUUAUUUAUGACAAAUUUAUUGAUACACUGCCACUGAAGUUCGAAGAUUUUCAAAUGUUAAUGAAUAAGAAUUUCAUUUGUUCGAUCUUUGAUACAAAAUAUCUGGCAUUGCAGAUGCGAGAUUAUCUAUUCACACGUCGAAAUCGACAAAAUAUUAGCAAUUAUGUGGAGAACUUUACCACAUCUACAUCACUUGCAUCGUUGUAUGAGUUGUUAACAUCGAAGUAUUACGAGAAUCUUAUCUUUUUGAAACCAAUUAUCGAGAUGAAUGCCGAUGAUCGUUACCAAAAUGAAGUUCGAACACACGAAGCUGGUUACGAUGCUUAUAUGUCUGGCGUCAUCUUCCUCAAACUGAUUUACUUAUACAAACAAAAACGAGUCGAGAAAAUCGAUUUCAAUGAACAUCAAUGUGUCUUCGAUAUCUGCUUAAAUGAAAUGAAUUCAUACAAAAAUCGCUUUUACUCUUCCUUUCUUCCGUACAUAUCAUUGAAUCGUUACGAUAAAAACGUAAGUUGUGAACAGAAAUUACAACAAUAUCUUGUUGUAGAACAUCAUAAUCAUGAACAACUUGAUAUGUCAGAUAUAAUCUCACGAUUUGAUACAUAUUGUGCUAUGGAAUAUGAAGUUAGUCGCAAUGGCAAAAAAGUUUAUUUGUUAUUUCAAUCGGAAUCCUGUGAACGACGAAUAUUAAAAGAUUAUUUCAAUCAUCCGGUUUAUAGAGUCGAAAAAUUCCAAUGGUUUCAACAUUCAUUGUUGGUUAAAUAUUCAUUUUCCAUAUCAGUUUUAUUGACUGGUGUUUGUCUCAUCGCUCUAGUCAAACGGCGAAUGUGA